ACCUUUCACUGGUGAGAUAGUUCCACCCAUUUCCAACUAUAUAAGAGCUUGAUUCUGCAAUUUACUCAUCAGUCAACUGUUCACUUUCAUCCAUUGUCUUAACAAGCCACAAUGCGUUUUUGUAUCGCCGUAUGUCUCAUGGCAUUCGCCAUCAAUGGAUCCUAUGCAGGAUUUAGCAGCUAUGGUGGGGACUCUUCAGGACUAGAAGGAGGUCACGAAGGAGGUGGUUCUUCAGGCGGUGGUUAUGACAAUAGUGGAUAUGGGCAUGGUGGAUAUGAGCAGCCCCAAGUGAGCGUAGAACAUCACGAAAUACCAACCCAAACCAUUGAACAUACCAAGCCAGUUCCAGUCCAUGUAGUGAAGAAAAUUGGAGUACCAGUACCACACCCUGUGGGAGUUCCAGUACCUCAGGUCAUCAAGGUCCCUGUUCCACAACCUUAUCCAGUUCAUGUUCCUGUUCCUCAUCCCAUUGCUAUUCCAAUCUACAAACUUGUGCCUCAAGAAAUCGAGAAGAAAGUCCCUAUCACUGUUGAGAAACUAGUUCCUGUAUACGUAGACAAGCCAUACAAAAUUGAAGUUGAAACUCAUCAUCCUGUACAUGUUGCCAAGCCAUACCCAGUACAUGUACCAGUAUACAAACAUGUGUACGUAUCGUCAAAACAUCACGAUCACGGCUGGCACUGAGUUUAGGAUUUUAAUUUAGGCAUCUUUUAAUUUAAAUUAAUUUUUCAUCAUUUCAUUACUUCGUCUUCCUCAUCAUCUUUCAUCUGAAAUGACUUUCACCUUGUUGUUGUUAUUGUUUUCUUAAUAAAAUUGUUACAUAAA